AUGUCCGGCGCGGGUAGCUCAUCGGGGGCCGGUGUUGGUUGGCUCCCUUUGAUCCAAUGCCCUGAUUGCAAGAUUCGCCAGAUUAGGCGGUUUGAGUCCACCACUGAAAAGCAUCCUGGGUGGAUCUUGUACAGGUGUAUGAAUCAUAAGGCAGGGAAGCAACCUUGCAACUUUUGGCACUGGGAAGCUAGUUAUAUUGAUUAUUUGAAGAAACAUGGACAUCUGAGAGGUGAAUCUGUGGAUAGUAAAGUAGUAGAGAUGAAGAAAAAGAAGAACACGACAGAAGUAGAUCCUGAAGAUAUGAUGAAGAUGUUGCUGCUGCUAAAAUCACUUCCAGGAGAUGUUGCAGACUUGGUUGCUGUAAUGAAGAUAGUAGUUGUACUGCUAUUUGCAAUGCUCUUUGUGUUAGUAUUAGUUCUAGUUAGGAUGUGA